ACAUUCAAGAACGGACCAAUGCGUUUAGUUGAGGUGGACUUGUUUUGUUUUGGUUAGCCACCGGGGCCGACGUUUUGUUAACAAUGCGACUGUUAAUUAACAGUUUAGCAGUAAAGAAAUAUUAGUCUCUAAUAUUUUUGGCUAUGGGGUCACUGAAGUUCAACGUUGGACAAGACAAUUCAGCGACGGCGGCCACAGUCGCAGAGGCUAAGUUGGUGUGCCAGGGAGUAAACAACCACAGCUUCAUCUGUGAGUCGGGUCACUGCUGUGGAGAGACACAGUGCUGCAGCUACUACUAUGAACUGUGGUGGUUCUGGUUGGUGUGGACUCUGAUCAUUAUCCUGACGUGCUGCUGUGUUUGUCAGCACUGGCGCGCCAAGCAGCGCUUCCAGCAGCAGCGCCGGCAGAACGAGAUCAACCUCAUCGCAUACAGAGAGGCUCACAACAACUCUCACCUACCCCUCUAUCUCAGAUUCUUGCCCACCUAUCUGCUACCAGCCUAUGAAGAAGUAGUUGACCGCCCAGUCACGCCUCCUCCUCCCUACACCCCUCUUCAGUCAGCACCUCCACCCACAGACCCACCUGAGGAAUCUCCUUGCCCCAACUCGGCCGUUUCCAUCCUUAGUGAAGCUAAUGCAGCACUCCCUGCUACUCCAGAGGUCACGCAGACCCACCUUCACAGCGCUCACAACCCCAACAAGGACUCGACGCCGGGCAGGUACCGGCGCUUCACAGGAGAUUCAGGGAUUGAAGUGUGUGAUGGCCAGGAACAGUGGGAUCAGCACGGCUUUUUAGAAAGAGAAGAAGAGACAGAGGAAGAGGGGGCGGGGCAAAUGGAGGACCCAUGUGAGCAUUGUGGUCCCCAGACCUUUGAACACAGCCAUAUUAGUGAUGCAGUCAUUCAUGAAAACACAGAUGAACACAUAGCUGUGGAUACAGAGCCACAGUCUCUUAGGUUGAAACGUUUGGAAUUUCAGUGUGUGGACAGCCUCUCCUUUUCCUUUGUUGCUGUUUGGUGUCCUGCAGCGAUACCCACUGGGGUUGGAUGUGCACACUGUUAACCUUUCUUGCUUUACCUGGAACACAGCCAGCAGUUUCAACCAGAUUGUGACUUGGGUAAAGGCUCGGCACAGUCCAGCAUCAAAUGUCUGAAUGGGCUCGCAACUAAUGGAUUGGCAGAGUAGAGCAGGCUUAACACUUGGCAUGUAUGUCGAGUCUUUUGUUAACAGAUCCCUUUUAUUCAUUUUAUCAUGAACAAAAAAAACAGGGAACAAACAUCGGACCCAGUGUUGGUCAGACAUGUUCAUACAUAUGAGUGAGCAUAAUUAGUGUGCAUCUGCAAGGGGGGGGUAAAACAUCCCUACCUACAUACAUACAUACAUACAUACAUGUGAAAAAGUUAUAAAGGAGGCAUGUAUACACAUACACUGACUCACAACUGAAUUAAAAAGAAAUACGACCUGUAUAAAAUAUGAAUAAUAGGACAUAAAUAUAAAACAUAACCGAGAUGAUAUAGAGAAAAAAGGAACAAUAAAGAUAGUAACUAUUAUGAGUAAAUUUGAGUACAGCAAGAAAAAAGAAUAUUAAGAUAGAAAAGACAUGUUAUUCGAUCCAGUAAAACUCUGUCCAGCAGAAUAAUGUGGAAGGGAUUUAAAAAAACUGCCCUCGGAUUAAAUGUGAAAUACAAGCUCGUAUGCCAGCUAUAUAUAAUGUAUUUUUUAUAUAAAAGUAGAGGUGGUGUAGGCAUUACUCAGGAAUAGUCAAAGAGGACAGCUUUUUCACAGGUAAAGAAGGUUGUUGCCACGUUGUGUCAAAUUUUGAGGAGGAACCUUUCAGUCUGAGUCAGAUACGUCCAUGGCUCACACAGUGGUGUAUGUCAAGUCUUGUUAUUCUUAAAGCAGAGCCAAUAGAAAUCAUGCAGAAUGUGACCAGACAGGUCCCAUGCAGGAAGGACCCAUAGGCAGCAGUUUUAGAGAAGCAUCAGACCGCUGCUCACAGACCAGCUUCUGCUGGGACGCAGAGAGAGAAUCAAGUCCAAAUGAAAAGGCUUAGUCUGGAAGAAAAUAGUGCGAAAACGUUUCUUUAAAAUGCUAAAUAGAGUUGGUGAGGGGGGAAUAGAAAAUUAGACUAGAUUAUAUGAAAAUAAGAAUAGGAGAAUUGAAUUUGAAUACUACAGUGUGCAUUAUUCAUUCUACUGUUAUUUCUUAACAAUGUCAAGAUUUUGAAACUUGAGUACACGUGAUAGCAUGCGAGAAAUAUGUGGCAGAGAGACAGAACAUAAGAUAUAGAGAUUAGGGUUAUCGCAGGGCACAUGAACAUCAGGAACAAAAAGCUUACUGCAGUAGUGGGCAUGGCAGAAGGGGGUUAUUUGAUUGUAUUUGCUUUUUUGAUGGAAUUUUAUUUUCUGAUGGAUCAAAAGAAAUUUUUAAUAUUGUAAAAUCAAAUUUGGCCCUUUUUUUGCAAAACAAAGCAUUGGAAUACUUACAUAACUAUAUUGCGAUGGUAACUAAAUUCUGUAUACAUAAAUGUAGAUAUUUAAAAGUUAUUCCAAGGUUUUCAGCUUUAACAAAUGACUUGAAACUUUACUUUAAAUCUAUAAGAAAGUGUAAUGUUUUAAGAUUGUGUGAACCCCACCCACUUUUCUAUGAAUUUUGUUUCUGUACUUCAUUAUUUUAUUUAUUUUUUCUUGACUUUAUAAUUUACUGCUGCCUGGAUUAUUCCCUGCAUGUUUUAUACAGAUGCAACACCUAUGUGUUGUUUCUGAAAUGUUGGUUAAUAAAAAUAUCAUAGGACAUGGACAUUGAAGGAGAUAAUUAACAAAGAAGAAGAGGAAGGUGAAGCGAUGAAGACACCAUUGCAGGGUGACAAAUGUAAAGUAGCAGUGAGAACUAGAAAUAAAGCAUUCAUUCAAACUAGUGAAAACACAUCAUUUCCAGCAUAUGGUUCGGUACAAAAACGCUGAGGCAGUAGCAGUGAGGAGGACAAUAAGACAGAGCGACAUAGUGGAGAAAGAAAGGAAGAAUUAAAACGGCACUGGCUAAACGUGAGAAGACUGCACCAGGGAAAGAUGAAAUAUGUUACAUCAUGUUGAAACAUUUAAGUAUGGAGGGACUGAAGAAGCUGUUGCUAUUAUGUUCAGUUUUUAUGUUCUUUGCAAAAAAGAAAGUCAGGGAGCGUAAUAAUCUGAAAUUAUAUGGAAAUAUUUUAGUGAGUGUGGGAGUAUGUUUUGACCUGAGAUCAACUUGGAGAGCACAUUAGAAAUGUGGUGAUAAGUGUAAACAAGCGAUAAAUGUCAUGAGGUGUCUUGCAGGAGGGGAGUGGGGAAAUAUGUAUAUAUAUAUAUGUGUGUGUAAUCAGUUUAAGGCUAGACUGUGGAAGUACUGUAUAUGGAUCAGCAGCAGAAUCUGUACUUAAUACAGGCUGGGGCUCUGAGGGUGUGUUCAGGGGCAGUGAGAACACCAGUGUGCACUUCAAGCUGAGGCAGGAGAAAUCAACUGCAACUAUCGGAUCAGUCUGAGGGGGCAUGGACAUAGUCGUCCAACGAAAUGGGCCUUGCAGACAUGCUGGUAGAAGGAAGGGACACAAGGGACAAGGUUUGGUUGAACGGGCUCAUAUGGCAAGAGAUAUGAGAGUGCAUGAUGAAGACUUGUCCGGCUGUGGUGUGGCCUAUUAGACCUGAUGUGUAUUAGAACAUCGAUGUGUAGAUCUGGGACUGCUGAAGAUCAAGCACAGUAACAAAACCACCGAUUUAAUUACUGAAGAGUCAUAUGUGGACUAUUCAUGGAUUUUCAAAGGAUCCACAAGCAGAUGCAGCAGGGUCUGCAGUGUGGUUCCCAGUUACCAGGCGGAAAAUGCCAAAAGAGCACUGACUGCACUCUGCUGCAGCAGGUCAGCAGUGGUUAGUCAGGGGUCCCAGCACACUCAGGUCCCCUGGAAAAGAAAAGCGGUCAGAAAACACACAAUCCCAAAUAAUGUAGGCACGGUAAGAAGCGGGGACCCUAAGGGGACGGAACAAGAACCCCACCCUGGCCGGCUGUUUGGCGCCUAACUCUGGAACAUGUACAGUGAGGGAGAA